AUGGGUCAACAAAACUCUCGUUUUGAUUCCAGUGGAAAUCACUUGAACCCCGCUGAUAUAUCAUCACCUGGUCCAGAUCCAUUCCAUCAUUCACCACCUGUUCACAGAACAGCACCUGUCCCACAUGUGUCACCCGCGUUCUAUCACGCUCCUCAUUCAGCUCCUGUCAUACCUACCUCUCUGAAACCAAAAGGUCUUAUCCGAUCUUUAUCAGCGAAGCGACGAAGCGAGAAAUCUCUCACACGUCAACAGCAAUUAAUGGAAGAACCGGACUUACCUCCUAUAGGUAAUUUGAAAGCACUGAAAACUCUAGGUCAAGUGAAUAUCAAAAAAUCAAUGAAAGAGUUCGAAACUUUAGUACAAAGAGCAGAAAUCGAAGCUGGAAUCGAACCACCUUCCAUCAACAAUGAUACAUCAUCAACCUUCCCUCGACAUCGUAUCAAACGAUCUUCUAUCGGUGAAGAACAUUUCGAAAGAGACUCGCCUAUCCCAACUUUAUCAGCUACUCCAGCAUAUUUAAGACCGACUCCCUACCGAAGAAGUUCAGCCUCAUCAAUCCAUUCAUCAAGGGUAUCAAUCAAAUCUGCUCGAAGGGCAGAAAGAGAAUGGAGAGCGAAAGUAGCAGCUUUAUCUUCAGGGUUUUCGCCUGUGCAUCAAAAUGACAUCUCACCCACUAAACCUCGUAAAUCCAAAGGUCCUGUCCCACCCAAAAGAAUACCAAAUUCGGCAUUUGCAUUAUCUGCUUCUCAAACAAGUAGAAGUCCAUCUCCUCCAAUGACUGAAGAAGGAACCAUCGUUAUCACUCCUCCUCAUUCAGCUCCAACUUCUUUUGGAACCCCAUUAUCUAACAAGUCCUUCGAAACUCUAGGUCAUUAUCCUAAUUCUUCAGCUAUAGAGUCUCCCAGUCCCGCGAGUAAUAGUGAAUCGAGAGAACGUAAACCAUCCGUACCAUAUUCAGUUUAUUCCAGCGUAUAUUCGACAGUGAAAGAUGGGUAUGAAGGUUUAGCAAGACCAAUUUCGUUCGCCUCCGGACAAUGGUUAGCUCCUCAUACAGCUUCACCGUUGAAGGUAGAUAUCACCUCUGCAGAAGUAGAUGAUGACGGAGGGUUAUUCUCCCCCAAUUCGCUUGAUGGCAAUGAAACUGCGACGACCCCAUCUUGCAAGCCUCCUCACAGAGAGUCCCUACCUCCUUUCGACAGUUUCAAGUCAUCUCCUAGGCUAAUAGGAGAUACCGCAUUGCCUCAAUUCGAUAUGCCGUCAUCUCCUUCUCAUAUCGAGCAUUCGUGGAACAAGACGGAAAAGAAACAUCAAUCACUUCCUUCCCCACCCCGACCUUCACCAUCUCAAGCGCGUAGACCAUCUUUGCACAUCCCAUCACUCGUCAUCCCAAACACUCCACCUACUUUACCUCCAUUCACAUUUUCAGCUCCAUCCUCACCUGGUCCUACCACUCCCAUCAAACAGGUACCAUCUACACCGACUAAUACUGUUACAGAAGAAGAACCUGCAACGCCUUACUCACCCACUACGGCAUAUAUCCUCUCCGCGCCGUCUCCUACAAUCGACCAAUUAGCGUUCUCAGAUACAUAUGGCACAUUCGCCACCUCUCCAGAAAAGAAGCAAAGGAAUCCACAUUGUAAACCAGUAACUCCUAUAUCAAAACACCCAUUCACAAUAGGAGCUAAACCGUCUCCUGAAGCUACCGCAGGGAUUGAACGAGAACCAUCUGGUGAAUAUCCUAGUGUAUCUUCGAAGGUUGUCCUCCGUCAUGCUACGACCGCAAAUAACGGCCGAGCCUUCUCCCCUGCAUCUGGUGUAGGUGUGAUUCCGAGACGAAGCAGUAUAGAUCCAUUCAUUCCUCGGCAAUUACCUUCUACUAUGCGACCGACACAUCCCAACGCAUUGAUGUCCAGGCACGUGCCCAAUAUACCUUCGAUGAAAGCGGGGAUAAUAGGAACCUCAGAAGAAUACGUUAAAGAACCUGGAUUGAAGAGAUUAAGAGGGAAAGUAAAUUUGACUCCUGGUAUGGAAAAUGGAUGUAGACCGCCAAAGAGUGGGUUACCCAUGGCUGAUCUGGAAAGAUGGCUUAGAGAUGCGUCACUCUCGUCUUGA